AUGACAUCUGAUUGUCUUGGAAAACCAGGACGCCAUAACAGAAUUGUUCCAAAGCCUGAAUACUAUAAUGGCCAGAACGCUAUCGUGGCAGUCAAUGUCCACUUAGGAUUUAACCAAGAGGAUAGCAUAGUAAUGAACCGGGCAUCAUUGGAACGUGGUAUGUUCCGAUCUGAACACAUAAGAAGUUACAAGGCUGAGGUUGACAACAAGGAGUCUCUGGACAAAAGGCGGAAGCCUGAUGAUUGUGUCAAUUUUGGAAAGAUGCAAAGUAAAUUUGGACGUGUUGACAGCCUCGAUGAUGAUGGUUUUCCAUAUGUUGGUGCAAAUUUGCAGAGUGGUGAUAUUAUAAUUGGGAGGUGCAGUGAAUCAGGAGCUGAUCAUAGCAUCAAACUGAAGCACACUGAAAGGGGAAUGGUUCAGAAAGUUCUACUUUCUUCUAAUGAUGAUGGAAAGAAUUUUGCUGUUGUAUCUCUAAGACAGGUUCGUUCUCCAUGUCUUGGAGACAAGUUCUCAAGCAUGCAUGGACAAAAAGGUGUCCUGGGGUUUCUGGAGUCCCAAGAGAACUUCCCUUUCACAAUACAGGGGGUGGUUCCAGAUAUUGUAAUUAAUCCACAUGCAUUUCCUUCACGACAAACUCCUGGUCAACUCCUAGAGGCUGCUUUGGGGAAGGGAAUCGCCUGUGGUGGUUCAAAGAGAUAUGCAACGCCUUUCUCUACGCUCUCUGUUGAUGACAUCACAGACCAACUGCAUAGCGCUGGAUUUGCAAGAUGGGGAAAUGAGAGAGUUUACAAUGGUGCAACUGGUGCAAUGGUUCGUUCCCUGAUAUUUAUGGGCCCAACGUUUUACCAGCGCUUGAUUCACAUGUCUGAAGAUAAAGUUAAGUUUCGGAACACUGGGCCAGUCCAUCCUUUGACCCGACAGCCAGUGGCAGAUCGGAAGCGAUUUGGUGGGAUCAAGUUUGGUGAGAUGGAACGUGACUGCCUUAUAGCCCAUGGAGCUUCAGCAAAUUUACAUGAACGCCUCUUCACUCUUAGUGACUCCUCCCAAAUGCAUGUUUGCCAGAAAUGCAAAAAUGUGGCUUAUGUGAUCCUACGAACAGUCGCUGGUGGCCGUAAGAUCAGGGGUCCUCAUUGCCGGAUUUGCGACUCUGCUGAUGACCUUGUUCGGGUUAAUGUACCAUAUGGAGCGAAGCUAUUGUGCCAGGAGCUUUUCAGCAUGGGCAUAAGCUUAAAGUUCGAGACCCGGUUUUGUUGA